AUGGCCGGAGCCGAGAUUGCCACAUUGGUACCGCCUGAUGGGCUCGAGGAACUGAAGGAGACCACCAAAGCGUGGUGGACGACUAGGGACCAUAUCAUUCCAGCGAGUUUGAUCGAAGACGUCGAUGAGAACGUGUUGGCUUUAAUGCCAGAAGGGACGGAAAUAGUCGAAAUUGAGGUUUCUGGGAGCGGAAAUUGGUCGCGAUCCGCUGUCAUCCAUACAGACCUCAACGGAGAGGAAAUCCUUUAUUUCAUCAAGGUCAAUGACUUCAAGUCAGGACCCACAAUGAUUACUAGCGAAUUCGAAUCGCUCAAGGCCAUGUUCAAAGCCGUUCCAGGAAUAUGUGUAGAUCCAAUUGGAUGGGGACAAUAUGCCUGCAAUCCGGAUGUUUAUUUCCUUCUCUGUCCUUUCAUGGAGCUUUUCAACGAGCCCCCCGAUCCUGCUACUUUGCCUCCAAGAUUGGCAGAGCUUCACCGGAACGGUGUCUCCCCGGAUGGGAGAUUUGGUUUCCAUGUACCUGUCUCCGGCGGACCAUUGGCUCUGAAGUUGGCAAAAAGUACGUCGUGGGAAGAUUACCUGGUCAGAUACUUGCGCUUCUUCUUCCAAGCGGAGAAGAUAGCGCAAGGCGAAAGGCCUUCAGAUAUGGAGCGCUUGUUAAAAGUUCUGUUUGAACGGAUCAUACCACGCCUCGUUCGACCACUUGAGACAGGAGGCCGAGAAAUUACUCCAAGGAUCGUCCACACGAAUCUUUGGUCCGGCAACAGGGCCAUUAACGAGGACGGACAGCCCGUGAUAUUUGAUCCUUGCGCAAUAUAUGGUCACAGUGAGCUUGACUUGGGCGUGUGGGCACUUCCACGCGAGCCAUUUGGGCAAGCGUUCAUCAACAGUUAUCACAAUCAUUUUGAGCAAUCUGCCCCAGAAGAAGACAGUGAGGGCCGGAAUAUUUUGUACACUCUGUAA